CUGAGAGGCUCCACCCAGCAGCUGACUGACACAGAUGCAGAGACCCACAGACAGACAGUGGACAGAGCACAGGGAGUCUUAUGGAAGAAUAGGGGGAAGGAUUGUGGGCCCUGAAGGGGAUAGGAACUCCACAGGAAGAGUGGAGUUAACUACCCUGGACCCUUGGUGGCUCUCAGAGUCUGAACCACCAACCAACGAGCAUACAUGGGCUGGCUAUAGAUCCCUCGCACAUAUCAGAGCAUACUUCAGGAUUCUGGUGUAUAUGAAGACCAGCUGAAGCAUCUAGCCUUGUGGCGUAAACAUCUACUGAAUUCUUGGACCUUCUGUUGGGAGACAGCCCUUGCUGGUCUAACUGGACCAUAACCUGUAAGCCAUUCUAUCACCACUGUGAUCCUUGUCAACCUCUACUUGGUGGUGUUCACAUCAUACUGGCCUGUCACCGUGUUGAUGCUCACCUGGUUGGCUUUCGACUGGAAGACCCCUGAGCGAGGUGGCCGCCGGUUCACCUGUGUGAGGAAGUGGCGUCUGUGGAAACACUACAGUGACUACUUCCCACUCAAGAUGGUGAAGACGAAAGAUAUUUCACCCGACCACAACUACAUCCUUGUCUGCCAUCCUCAUGGGCUCAUGGCCCAUUCAUGUUUUGGUCACUUUGCCACUGACACAACAGGCUUUUCCAAGACCUUUCCUGGCAUCACUCCUUAUAUGCUCACACUAGGAGCCUUUUUCUGGGUGCCUUUCCUCAGAGAGUAUGUAAUGUCUACAGGGUCCUGCUCUGUGAGUAGAUCUUCCAUGGACUUUUUGCUUACCCAGAAGGGCACAGGCAACAUGCUUGUGGUGGUGGUUGGGGGCCUGGCUGAGUGCAGAUACAGCACGCCAGGCUCUACCACCCUGUUCUUGAAGAAGCGGCAAGGCUUUGUGCGCACAGCCCUUCGACAUGGGGUGUCUCUAAUCCCCGCUUAUGCCUUUGGAGAGGCAGACCUCUACGAUCAGCACAUUUUCACUCCUGGGGGCUUUAUCAAUCGCUUCCAGAAGUGGUUCCAGAAGAUGGUACACAUCUACCCCUGUGCUUUCUAUGGGCGUGGCCUCACCAAGAACUCCUGGGGCCUUCUACCCUAUUCUCAGCCAGUAACCACUGUUGUCGGGGAACCUCUACCAUUGCCCAAGAUUGAGAAUCCGAGCCAGGAGAUUGUGGCCAAAUACCACACACUCUAUAUUGACGCCCUACGAAAAUUGUUUGAUCAACAUAAGACCAAAUUUGGCAUCUCAGAGACCCAGGAGCUGGUGAUAGUUUGAAAGACAUUCCCUUGACUGGAUGGUGUGGAACUGAUGACAACAGGCCAAAGUUACCUAUGGAGCUUCACCUCUGACUUGACUGGUCCUCACUGGAGGGAGGUGGGGGUGUGCAUCCAUGUGAUUGUUUUCUGUGCCCAUCCUUUCCCACCUCCCUCUCUUUCCCAUAGUUUUUGUCCUUUCCCCCUGAGACAGAGAAGAUAAGACCCUAGGCAGAAGUCCACUGAAGUCACUGGACUUUCAUGAAAACAUUAGGAGCAAGGAAACCUGCGGGUAGAAUAAACAGCCCAUCUCUGGUACUGUGUGCUCUGGCUGCUCUGUUUGGAGGGCUCUAAAUCCUUGUGUGUCUGCCAUUGUCCUGGCUUCAAGACUCUUACAGGACUGGGUAUUUCAAGAGCCAGAGACAUUGGGUUCAGUCAGUAGCAUAUUCAAGAUCUAUGAUGUUUAAGGGCAAUCCAUCACCUUUUAUCUUUGUUUCUUUAGCUGUAAAAUGGGACUAACAGUAGUCCUUCCCUUGCUUAUCUCAAAGGUUUCUGUCAAAUUUAAAUGCUACUGAAUGUGACUAAACAUG